AGAAAAUUUAAUAAUCUACCGUUGUACAUCACGUAAAAGAAAAGAAGGUUUAAAAUAAUGACCUUGGUCUGAAAGAUAACUGUUAGACAAAGUGUAACCUAUUUGACUUGAUAAGAGUUCAACAAAAAGUCAGUACGUUUAGGCCAAUGACUUUGAAUAUCAGUCGUGGAAUAUUAAAACAAAGUUUCAAGUAAUUUGUCGGAACUCUAUUAACAGAAAGACAGGUUAAAAUGGAAUCCACCAAGAACCUUUCCUUUCUAGUCGUUGUGAUAUCAUUAGUUUACUUCUACAUGUUUCGUUGGUCAUCCAUGCCUUCUGUUGUUACAACUACUGAGUUGCAUGAUAAUUAUGAUUACAUCGUAGUGGGUGCCGGAUCAGCAGGGUCAGUUGUUGCUUCACGUCUGUCAGAAGAUCCAGAUGUGACUGUUCUACUUUUAGAAGCAGGGGGAGACUACACCGUUAACGAUUCAUAUCAUAUCCCUCUGCAUUUCUUUGAACUACAAAAAACAAAUGCUGACUGGGAAUACUAUACAGUUCCACAGAAAGAAUCACAUUUAGGUAUGCUUGAAAAUCGUUCUUACUGGCCGAGAGGUAAGCUUCUUGGCGGAUCAAGCAUAUUUAACUCUAUGCAAUAUACACGUGGAAGUAAGCAUGAUUAUGAUGAGUGGGCUGAUUUGGGUUGUAAGGGAUGGAGCUACAAAGAUGUCCUUCCGUAUUUUCUGAAAUCAGAAGAUAUGAGGAUCGAUAGUUUAAAAAACUCUAAAUAUCAUAACGUUGGUGGAUAUAUUGGUGUUAGCACUGGUGGCGUUACACCGAUUGCUGAUGUAUAUCUGAAGGCUGGUGAAGAAAUGGGAUAUAAACUAACUGAUUAUAAUGGGGAAAUACAAGAAGGAUGGAGCCCCAUGCAACUAACAAUACGCAAUGGUGUACGAAGCAGCACUUCGUUAGAAUACCUUGGUCGAGCUAUUGGACGACAAAAUCUUCAUGUAGCUAUCGAUGCAUUGGUUUCAAAGAUUGACAUAAAAGGUAAAGAGGCCAAAGGUAUAUAUUUUAUAAAAAAUGGACGGAAACAAUACAUAAAAGCAAACAAGGAAAUAAUAAUUUCUGGAGGCGCAGUAAAUUCUCCUCAGCUUCUGAUGUUGUCGGGUAUUGGGCCAAAGAAGCAUUUGGAGGAGCUGAAUAUCAAUGUAGUGGCUGAUUUACCGGUCGGCGAUAACCUUCAAGACCAUCUAUUACUGCACACGUAUGCUAGUAUGACCGAAGAUAUUGGUAUCACCCCAGAAAAGAUACAAAGCUGGAAAACACAAUUACAAUAUAAGCUGUUUGGUACUGGUAUAUUAUCUAUAGCUGGAUUAGACGCAACGUCAUUUUUCUGCACAUACGAUACAAAGGAAAAGGAUUGCGCUGCUGAUAUACAGUUCAUGAUGUAUAGUGUAGCAAUGUCAGACAAUUUCAUCAUCCUCAAAGAUGACGUAGCGAAGGAUUUUCUUUUUCCCAAAGACUCCUUGGGAUUCACAACAGUCAUAAGCCUUUUGGAUCCAAAAAGUGUUGGCACAAUUAGACUUAAAAGCGCUGAUCCAUUCGAUUACCCUUUAAUUGAUCCACAAUAUUUGACAGAUAAACGUGAUAUUGACGCCUAUGUCAGAGCUUUCCGUCUUUGGGAAAAAUACCUUUCAACACCUUCUAUGAAAAAGAUAGGAGCCAGCAUAGACAAAAUGAAUCUUAAAAUUUGCUCGCAAUACGAGUUUCGUUCAGAUGAUUAUUGGAUUUGCAUAACAAAACACCUGGCUUAUACUGUUUAUCAUCCAGCUGGCACGUGCAAAAUGGGCAGAAAAGAUGACCCGACAGCGGUCGUCGAUUCGGAGUUGAAGGUCAAAGGCAUAAAGGGACUGCGUGUCGUCGAUGCAUCCAUCAUGCCUAACGUUAUAUCAGGAAACACAAAUGCCCCUGUUAUAAUGAUCGCAGAAAAAGCUUCUGAUAUGAUUAGAGGAAAGUAUACAGUGAAAGAGUUCAAGCGAUCUUUGUAGAACUUUAAUUCAUAUUAACUUUCAUGCAUUUGACGUCCGUUUAAUGUA